UCCAUUCAACGAGUCAUUAAGCUAUAGUCACUGCGAGAGGCAGGCACCUAACUUCUACAUCGCAGUAUAUGUUAUAUUAUGUGCAGAUUUACACCAUUAUUGGACUUAGUCUAGUUCAAUUGUUUGUUUUUUUACCUUAUAUCUGGGCAGUUAUUUUAGGAUUUGGAUUAUGAUUUUAAGGCUCAUCAGUUCUGAAAAAUCUUCUAUGGAAAAACAAGGAAAACUAAUUAUAGCUGGCACGAAGUUCAGCCAAAGAGACGCCUGCGUUUCUUUUCUAAACUGCUCCAUUAAAGAUUUUGAAGGAGCGUCUUGUGCUGUCAACGUAAGCAGCUCAUCAAUCCAUCCAUUUAUCGAAAAGAACAUUUGAAAAUGGUUGGAUUUGGACCCGCAGAUGUGCCUCCAUCAGUAGCUGUGAAGUUUGUAGGAGCAGGAGCUGCAGGCUGCGUUGCUGACCUUAUCACCUUUCCCCUGGACACAGCCAAAGUGCGGCUUCAGAUACAAGGAGAGGGCAUGGCUCCAGCGGCUGCAGGGGGGGGGUCUGCACUGAAGUAUCGUGGAGUGUUCGGUACCAUCACCACCAUGGUGCGUACAGAGGGGCCCAGGAGCCUUUAUGGUGGACUGGUGGCCGGACUCCAGAGGCAGAUGAGCUUUGCCUCUGUUCGCAUUGGUCUCUAUGACUCUGUCAAACAGUUCUACACCAAAGGCUCUGAGCAUGUUGGUAUCGGCAGUCGACUGCUUGCAGGAUGUACCACCGGUGCCAUGGCGGUUGCUUUUGCUCAGCCGACAGAUGUGGUAAAGGUCCGCUUACAGGCACAGGCCAGGUGUGCUGGGCGUGCGGGGCGCUACUGUGGCACCAUUGACGCUUACAAGACCAUUGCUAAGGAAGAAGGCAUGCGUGGUUUGUGGAAAGGUACAGCUCCAAACAUUGCACGAAACGCAAUUGUCAACUGCACUGAGCUGGUGACAUACGAUUUCUUUAAGGAUACACUCCUUAAUUCCACUCCCCUGACAGAUAAUCUGCCAUGCCACUUUCUAUCAGCCUUUAGUGCUGGGCUGUGCACCACAGUGACGGCCUCUCCAGUCGAUGUUGUGAAGACAAGAUAUAUGAACGCCGCUCUGGGCCAGUACAGCAGUGUUCUGAAUUGUGCUGCUGCCAUGAUGACCAAAGAGGGGCCGCUUGCCUUUUACAAGGGGUUCACGCCAUCUUUCUUACGUCUGGGCUCGUGGAACGUGGUGAUGUUCGUGACAUACGAGCAGCUGAAACGAGCCAUGAUGGCUGCGAAUCACAACUUCACAUCUACACAGUAGCCUUUAUUGUCUGUGAGAAGGCGCGUAUUGUAGCACAGUGGUGGUGUUUACAAAUGUCUUUAAGACUCCAAGUGUACAUUUCAAGUUCAAGUUAUACACAUUGUGUUGACGCGUCUCCAUCACGUGACCACAUUAGUCAUGAGUCACAUGAUAGAAACACAUGUAUUAGAAUAUGUUCAACAUUAAGAAGGCAGAGCAUGUUUAAUCAGAUGCUUGCUCUCAGCGGAGAGCUUCUUGGGAAACACGAUGUCAAAAGUGACGAUGAGGUUUCCCCUCUGGGAAAGAUCCUGGGACAGUGGCAUUCCCGCUCCAGUCACCACUUUGUUGUACGAAGGGCUGUUGUUUUGCAAAACAAAUCAGAGAGGAAAGUUUCAAUUGAUGCAGAGGUUGCACAAACCUAAACGUCUUUUAAUCAAGAAACGUCUUUGUAAAAUAUUGGUGUACGGUUAUUAUAAACGGAUGGAAUUUUUUCACGUU